AUGGCUGCCACCACCACCAGCAUCCGCCAGUUCUCAACCUCCGGCUCCGUCAAGGGCCUGAGUGUGCCUGGCGGGGGUUUCUCCCGGAUGUCCUCCAUCCGGGUUGGGGGAGCCUGCCGGGCCCCCAGCCUCCUGGGAGCCGGUAGCUGUGGCAACAUGUCGGUCACCUCAUCCCGCUUCUCGGCGGGUUUAGGAGGAGGCUAUGGCAGUGGCUACACCUGCAACCUGGGUGGGGGCUUUGGGGCCAGCGUUGGUGUGGCAGAUGCCCUGCUGGGGGGCAGUGAGAAGGAGACCAUGCAGAACCUCAACGACCGCCUGGCCUCCUACCUGGACAAGGUGCGCGCCCUGGAGGAGGCCAACGCAGACCUGGAGGUGAAGAUCCGAGAGUGGUACAAGAAGCAGGGCCCGGGGCCCGCUCGUGACUACAGCCACUACUUCAAGACCAUCGAGGACCUGCGGAGCAAGAUCCUGGCAGCUACCAUCGACAAUGCCAGCUUUGUGCUGCAGAUCGACAACGCCCGCCUGGCAGCUGACGACUUCCGCACCAAGUACGAGACGGAGCUGAACCUGCGCAUGAGCGUGGAGGCCGACAUCAACGGCCUGCGCAGGGUGCUGGACGAGCUGACCCUGGCCAGAGCUGACCUGGAGAUGCAGAUCGAGAACCUCAAGGAGGAGCUGGCCUACAUGAGGAAGAACCACGAGGAGGAAAUGAACGCCCUUCGAGGCCAGGUGGGAGGGGACGUCAGCGUGGAGAUGGACGCUGCCCCCGGCGUGGAUCUGAGCCGCAUCCUGAAUGAGAUGCGUGACCAGUACGAGAAGUUGGCAGAGAAGAACCGCAAGGACGCCGAGGACUGGUUCUUCAGCAAGACGGAGGAGCUGAACCGCGAGGUGGCCACCAACACCGAGGCCCUGCAGAGCAGCAGGACAGAGAUCACAGAGCUCCGCCGCUCUGUGCAGAACCUGGAGAUCGAGUUGCAGUCCCAGCUCAGCAUGAAAGCGUCGCUGGAGGGCAGCCUGGCCGAGACAGAGGCGCGCUAUGGGGCCCAGCUGGCCCAGCUGCAGGGGCUCAUCAGCAGCAUUGAGCAGCAGCUGUGCGAGCUCCGCUGUGACAUGGAGCGCCAGAACCACGAGUACCAGGUGCUGCUGGACGUGAAGACGCGGCUGGAGCAGGAGAUCGCCACCUACCGCCGCCUGCUGGAGGGCGAGGAUGCCCACCUGGCCACUCAGUACUCCUCGUCCCUGUCUUCGCAGCCCACCCGGGAAGCUGUGGUGACCAGCCGCCAGGUGCGCACCAUCGUGGAGGAAGUCAAGGACGGCAAGGUGGUCUCCACCCGCGAGCAGGUCCACCGCUCCACCCACUGA